UUUAUAAACAAUUUUAUUUAUAUUUCAUGUAAGUAAUCUGGGUAAAAACAAAAAAGAAAGAAAAACGCCAUUUUUUUUUCUUGUUAAUUUAUGUAAGAGAUGUAAAUAAAAAAAAAAAGAGGCGUGGUUUAGUAAACAUUUGAGUGAGUGGCAUAAAUUUAUUCAGCCAAGCUGGAGACUUUCCAGUCAGUCAUAUUAGAGCCACACUGCAAACUGUUCACGUAUUGAGACAUUUGUAUUUCAUCUUUUGGCUUUCAAGGGUGUUGUCAAGCUUUCAGUUAUAUUCAAACCAAUGUUAUUUUUUUUUCAUUAUGAAUUAGAAAAACAAAGAAACACCCAUGACAACUUUUUUAAUAAUCUCUGAGGCCUCUGAAAAAUCGUAAUAAAUAAAGUGUUUCAAAAUACGGGCCUUUGGGCAAAGAUUGUUUAUGUUCUCAAUAUUUAUCUAUUCACUUAAUUUCGAGGUGCUUAAAUUGUUUGUCUGACUGAGGAGAGGAGCAGUCGAUUACACGCUGCCUGAGCCCCACAAUUCUUCAAUGUCUGCAGCCUGUCGUAGUUGAGUGUGCCUUUCUUCGGUCAAAGGGGAUCCGUUUUCUCUCGAUUGGUUUUGAUAAGAACGAUGAGCAAAAACGUGAUAAUUUUUAGUGAUGACUAAAGUAAAUGUUCAUCAGCAUCGCCCAGUCAUUGAUGUUGUCCCGUGGCUCACACCUUAAUGGACCGUAUUUUCAAGCGUCUCGGUGUCUCGUCUCCGCUAUUUUUUCAGGCGCCAGCGGACAUUUAUGUGACUGCAGUGACAGUUUGACAGGAUGUAGUGAAAAGUGCAGAGAUUUUCAGGGGUGUUUCAUGAUGGCAGUGACAGUUUGACAGGCUGUAAUGAAAGAUGCAGGGAUUUCAAGAGUGUUUUCAGAUUUCAGUGACAGAUUGAUAUGCUGUAUUGAGUUGCAGGGUUUUUUAGAGGUGUUUUUUGUGAUUAUUAUGAUAGUCUGAUAGGUUUUGGGGAUUUUUUGGGGGAAGUUUUCAUAAUUCCAGGAAGUUUGACAGCCAUCCUUUAACGGACAAGAUAGAUAUUUUUCAGAGAUGUUUUCAUAAUCCCAGUAGUGAAGUGAGGAUAUCGUAUUAUCAAUGUAAAAAAAAAAAGAAAUUAAAAAAAAAAAAAACACCCAUGAAAACCCGACGAAUGGUGUCUGGCCUGAGAAAAUAGUCGUGGUGAGAACACAAAGCGUUUCAAAAUACGGGCUCUUCUCUUUACCAUCAGUGUUCAGUGUUCAGAUACUACAUUACUGCAUAUAUGUUACUUCCUCUAAACUAAAACCAAUGGAGCCUACUUAUCUAAACAAAUAAAGAGAAAUUGAUAGUCAUAAAUAUAUUGUAUUGUUAUCAGAGCAUGGAUACUAUAUCAUUAUUAUACAGACUUAUAUACAUAAUAUAUUGUAGGUUUCAUGUACAAUAUUCAUGUGUUGUAUCGGUUAUCCCCCGUAGAGUUAAGUGAAGUAUUAAUGGUUAAGGAAGUGGAUUUAUUAUAUUAAGAUUAACACCAUGACGAAUGAAGACAGCAGUGGGACUGUGUGUGUUUGUCUAUCCUUGCAGAGAGAGAGAGAGAGAGAGAGAGUGAAGUUUCAUUAAUGAGCAAUAUUUCAGGUAUUUAGUAUUUCAACUCGAUGCGUGAUUGACAACAGUACGAUACUUUCUUUGUACGAUGUCAACAAAAGUUAUACUCAUUGAAUACAUUUAUUAAAUCCAAUCAAUCUACCAUUUAUUAUGUAUGUUUCUUAUACUAAUUCAAUCAUCUUGCACACCACCAGCAUAAUUUUUGUGACAGUAAUGGAGUUUAUUAGAAGUCUCACGGAGCCUUCUUACAACACGCAGUAGUAUUGGAACAGCGGUGUUGACGGAGGGAGGAGAGAAUAAUUUUGCGUUUGUUAGUGCUUAUUUCGUUUUAUCUGCGACAUCCUGCCCUUGUGUGUUAUUAUCAGCGCACUAAGGACAACCUCUGACACUCGGCCAGGACGCUGAAGAUAUUACACGAGUGUGUGCAGCGGCGUGUGACUGGCGAUGGUGCAGCCUGGUGGUGGUGCUGCUGGCGACCACCUCCUCCCUGGCUAGCAGCAUGGAGCAGGAGGCGCCGCCCGGCACCCUUGUGAGCCUUGUGAGCAGACUGUUCCAGAACCUGCCGUCUCUCAAGCAGGCCCUUUACGCUCCCCGGCCUGCCUUGUUCGUUGAAGGCAGGAGCCGGAAGGACGCAGGAGGCCACAGCCAAGCUCCAGCGCCUGACCACCAGUGCUUCUCGGAGCUUGGGUGCCUUUCCACGGGCAACGAGUUUCACCACUCUCAGCACCGCCCUAUCAACUUGAUGGCUGAGGCGCGAGAGGUGGUGAACGUAACCUUCAGACUCUACACUCGAGAAGCUCCGCAAGGUUCCUAUGUGCCCGCGCUGGACGUGUCUCGCAUUCUUUCGUCCUCCUUCAGGGCGGAAAGACCCACAAAGAUGAUCAUCCACGGCUACCUGAACGGCCGCAACAUGCCAUGGCUGGAGGAACUGGUGAAGGUGCUGCUAGAGGCUGGAGACUUCAACGUGAUGUACGUAGACUGGACUGGUGGCUCCCUGGGUCUGUACAGUCAGGCGGUGGCCAAUGCACGGCUGGCGGGACUCGAAAUCGCCCACCUCAUACGGUUUCUCGAGAGUCACACACAGCUGCUGCCAAGGAACGUGCACCUCAUUGGCCAUUCUCUCGGUGCACACUUGGCAGGUUACGCCGGGGAACGCGUGACUGGCUUGGGUAGGAUCACGGGUCUGGAUCCAGCUGAGCCCUUGUUUGAGUUCAUGCCGCCAAGUGUCCGCCUCGACCCCUCUGAUGCUCUCCUCGUAGAUGUCAUCCACACCGACGCUGGCCGCUUCAGUUUCGGUGGCGGCUACGGGCUGGAGCAAGCCGUGGGCCAUCUCGACUUUUAUCCAAACGGGGGCGUGAACCAGCCGGGAUGCCAGCCACCACUCUCUGCGCCAUUCAGGUGGAUACACGAACGGCGGAAUUUUUCGACAGUGUGGGACGCCGUGGAGGACGCUCUCGGAUGUAAUCAUAUCAGGGCUGUGGAGUUGUUUAUUGACUCAGUCAGGUCACAGUGCCCCUACGUCGCCUUCCGCUGCCCCUCCUUCCGCAGCUUUACUCGGGGUGAGUGUUUUUCAUGUGGCAAAGAUGGCAGUGGGUGUGUGGCAAUGGGACUGCACGCUGACUCCUGGCAGGCAGCACCGGCCUCCACAGGGCAACAGCUGUAUCUCGUGACGGGCCCCCAAGAUGCUCCGUGUGUGUAUCAUUAUCGCGCCCUACUGGAAGUCAGCGGGAGUGAGGAAGUUGAGGGUCUCCUGCAACUCACGAUCGUCAUGCCAGACGGCCACACCGCUAACUUUGACUUGACUGCUGGGUCUUCAAGUCAGUUUCAACCUAGGCAACCCCGCACCUUCCUACUGCAGCACUCCAGGGACUUGGGCACAGCACAGGCUGCUCAUCUCUCUUGGACCUGCUCCCCUCACUACCCCUGUCACUCUGGACCUGUCCUCACCAAGAUCACACUGCUGAACAUUGAGCAGUUCAUCCAGAGGAGACGAGGUCGUCAUCUGGGUCUUGGAGUGUCAGGAGUGAAUUUCUGUGCCACUGAGGAGGCUCCACUUAGGGGUGGGGAGAUCCAGGUGCUGUCACCCUGCCAAAUAAGCCAUCAUCAGCCAUGGCAGUCUUCCUGAAGAGGUUAGCUGCUGGUGAUACCAAAGAAAAAAAUUAUUGUUUAUGAAGUGUAUGUAAUAGUACAUACUGUUAGUUUUACAAUUCAUCAAUCAUGACAUGAAGAUGAGUUAAUUCAUUUGGCUGUCCCUUGACUUGGGAUGUAACUCAGGUAGUUCAUUAAAACUGAACUUAAGCUUCCUAAUCUUUACAGUAUAACUUAGGAAUAAGCAAUACAGAGAAGUUUUGGUUGUGUGCCAUAUCUAAAACCUAUUCACUUAAGAUUCAGAUAUUCAUGGUUUCAUGUGUAUUGCACCUAUUCAAUUACAGAAUAGUCUUACAAUUAAGUUUCUGACCAAGUGCAUCAGCUUUCAUUAAAGUCCUUCCAUGAUAAUAAUAUAGAUAAGAUUAUAAUAAUAUAGAUAAGUUUGCCUAGGAAACUUAUCUAUAUUAUCAUUAUUCAUCUUCAUCAUAAAUUCCCCAGAUACAUAUUAUAGUAUACCAAAGAACAUUUCUUCACUUGCUAGUACAAUAAAAUGCCAUAAUGAAUUAAACACCAGUAUUGUGCAUACUGUAGAUAAUAUUUUUCUCUUGUGCUGAGCCACUGCUAGCUGGCAGAGUGACUGGGAUUCUGUGAUUGGUGGUGCUCAGUUUAACAAUUUAAGAUAACUUUAAUGCAAAACAUGUGUUUAUCUAAAGUAUCAUUACACUGGACUUAUUGGCCAAAAAUUAUCACUCAUAACAAUAUAUGUACAUAUAUUGCUUUCAGUUAAGAUUUGUUUGUUUUCAUGAUACUUCAAAGGCAUGACACAGAAGACUAAACACACCCAUCAGUCUUUCUUGCUAUAUCUUUUGUAUGAAAAUAAAUAAGUAAAUAAAUCUGGAUAACCAUGA